AUGGCUCAGAAAGGAGUUAAGCUGGACACAGAAAGCAUCUCCUGCUCCAUCUGCCUGGAGGUCCUGAAGGAUCCGGUGACUAUUCCCUGUGGACACAGCUACUGCAUGAGCUGCAUCAAAGCCCACUUUGAUGGAGAGGAUCAGAAGGGAGUUCACAGCUGCCCUCAAUGCAGGAAACGCUUCACACCGAGGCCUGUCCUGGUAAGAAACACCAUGUUUGCAGAUUUAGUGGAGCAGCUGAAGAAGACUGGACUCCAAGCUGCUCCUGCUGACCACUGCUAUGCUGGACCUGAAGAUGUGGCCUGUGAUGUCUGCUCUGGGAGAAAACUGAGAGCCAUCAAGUCCUGUUUGAGCUGUGUGGCCUCUUACUGUGAGGAACACCUUCAGCCGCAUUAUGAUGUGGCUUCGUUUAAGAAACACAAGCUGGUGGAGCCCUCCAAGAAGCUCCAGGAGAACAUCUGCUCUGUCCAUGAUGAGGUGAAGAAGCUGUUCUGCCGCACUGAUCAGAAGUCCAUCUGUUAUCUCUGCUCUGUGGAGGAGCAUAAAAGCCACCACACAGUGUCAGCGGCAGCAGAAAGGACUGAGAGGCAGAGAGAGCUGGAGGGGAGGCGGCAACAAAUCCAGCAGAGAAUCCAGAACAAACAGAAAGAUGUGGAUCUGCUUCAGCAGGAGGUGGAGGCCAUCGAUCAGUCUGCUGACAAAACAGUGGAGGACAGUGAGAAGACGUUCACUGAGCUGAUCCGUCUCAUCCAGAACAGACGCUCUGAUGUGGAGAAGCAGGUCAGAUCCCAGCAGCAAACUGCAGUGAGGGGAGUCAAAGAGCUUCAGCAGGAGCUGGAGCAGGAGAUCACUGAGCUGCAGAGGAAAGACGCUGAGCUGCAGCAGCUCUCACACACAGAGGACCACAUCCAGUUUCUGACCAGCUGCCCCUCACUGCCAGCAUUCAGGGAGUCCACACACUCCUCCAGCAUCAGGGAGCGUCCUCUGAGCUGCUUUGAGGAUGGCGGCUGGACUCUUUCCAGCUCCAGCCCACAUCCACAGAAGAGCUUCGGGACGUCCAGGAAGUCUGAAGACUCCUUCAACUCCUGA